AUGAGUAAAACGUUCUCGUUAAUUUGUAACAAUAAUACAAACCCUGUAUGUGCCUGUGAUUUCAGGUUGAAUAUUUAUGGAUGUCCCGAAGAAUAUAUUUUAGUAAAAUCCAAUCAAAUACUGAUAGGAUAUUGCUUCCUAUUAAUAUCGUGUUCAAUAGCAAAUCUUUAUUAUUUGAUUGUCAAAAAAGAUUACUCUUUCUUGUUGCAAAACCAAAAAUAUGGUGGUUACCUACGACUAAGACCUCAACAUACUUAUCACGGGAUUGCCUUGGCUUAUUUUAGUUCUCAAUCUAUUCAUUCUUUAUUAUUAUUAUACGAUACUUAUCCGACUAUUUUUUGGGCAGAAAUUGGAUUUAUAUCGUCACGUGCAUUAUCAGCUUCAUUGUCUAUCUUAUAUCUAAUAAGCAUUGUUUAUUCAACUUCAGCGUUUAAAGUUGGUACCAAUUUUGGCAAUAACACGCGUUCAUCCUCAACAUUAAGUCAAAGACAUCAACAAGAGUACCAAAAAUCGACUACUUCAUCUUCUAGUUACAAUAAAUUAUUGAUAGAUUUAGUAUGUUUAUUUAUGAUGAUAAUUCCAAUUGUGGCCUUUAUAUCACUAGCAGGCAUAACUGGUUACUAUGCUGAUAAAAUGAAUUUGGAUACGGCCAAUAAAGUUUUCACCAUACACAAUUUGAUUUGGAUAGUUUGGAUUAUUAUAUAUGUUGUGAUUAUGUUGAUAGUUUGGGUGAGAUUUAUUCGCAUAGUCUGGGAAAACAUGAAUGAAUUGAUGGAAGGCAAUAGAAAUAGAAGUACCGAGUUACAAAGUAAAUUGGUUCAAUUGAGAAAAAGUAGUAUAAAUUUAUCAUUGCCGGUGCUAGGACAAGUUGUUGUUGCAAUUAUUUAUUUACCUGCGCACUUAAUGUAUGGAUUAUAUCAAAGAACAGACACGAUAUUUAAUCAUAAUAUAAAUUUAUUAUAUUUUUUCAUUUGGAAUUUCCUAAUACCUGUUGUUACGCACAUCAUUCAAUGGAUAAUGACUUACAAUGUAUUAACAAUGCCUUCGUCAUCAACUAAAAAAACCUUCAAUGAUGAUAAUUCAACCAGUUAUCAUUCAACAUCCUCGUCUUCCUUUACAAUUAAUAACAACGAUGAAAUUAACAACAUUAAUAAGGAUUUUUCUUUUUUUAAUAACAAUAAAAAAGUCGAAACAAUAUCAAUGGUUGAAUUAACAAGAAUCAUAUUUUCACAACAAAAUAAUGACCAUAACAAAAAACAUAAUAUCAAAGUAUUGGGAAACAUUUUUAUCAAAUCCAUAUCAAAUCCAUCAUUGGCAAAAGGUAUAAUGUUUUUUUUGUCUAAUUUUGUGAAAAAAGGCGAAAUUUUAGAGGAUCAAAGUGAAAAAGAGUUGGUUGAAUGGGGAUGUGGAAUUAUUAAAGAAAUUAUUACGACAAAUAAAGUUAAAAUUGUCGAAGAAAUUUAA